GGCUUUGGCCGACCACGUGUAUACCAUGCUGCUAUUGUUAUCUUCCUUGAAUUCUUUGCGUGGGGCCUUCUGACAACUCCAAUGUUGACUGUUCUACAUGAAACAUUUCCUCAACACACAUUCCUCAUGAAUGGUCUCAUUCAAGGUGUAAAGGGCCUGCUGUCUUUUCUGAGUGCCCCGCUCAUCGGCGCUCUGUCUGAUGUGUGGGGGAGGAAGUCCUUCCUCCUGGCCACUGUCUUCUUCACCUGCUUCCCAAUCCCGCUGAUGAGGAUCAGCCCAUGGUGGUAUUUUGCGAUGAUUUCUGUGUCUGGAGUCUUCUCAGUCACAUUCUCUGUGAUAUUUGCCUAUGUAGCUGAUGUCACUCAGGAGCAGGAGCGAAGUACUGCUUAUGGAUGGGUCUCAGCCACCUUUGCAGCUAGUCUGGUCAGCAGCCCAGCCAUUGGAGCAUACCUUUCUGCCAGUUAUGGAGACAGCCUUGUUGUGCUGGUGGCCACAGUGGUGGCUCUUCUGGACAUCUGCUUCAUCUUACUGGCUGUUCCAGAGUCUCUGCCUGAGAAAAUGAGACCAGUUUCCUGGGGAGCUCAGAUUUCUUGGAAACAAGCAGACCCUUUUGCGUCAUUGAAGAAAGUUGGAAAAGAUUCUACUGUCAUGCUAAUCUGCAUCACUGUGUUUCUUUCAUACCUUCCUGAAGCUGGACAGUAUUCAAGUUUUUUUCUCUAUCUCAGACAGGUCAUAGGUUUCGGAUCUGUUAAAAUUGCAGCAUUCAUAGCUAUGGUAGGAAUUCUGUCUAUUGUGGCUCAGACAGUCUUUCUUAGCAUCUUGAUGAGAUCAUUAGGGAAUAAGAAUACUGUCCUCCUUGGCUUGGGCUUCCAGAUGCUCCAGCUAGCCUGGUACGGUUUUGGAUCUCAGGCCUGGAUGAUGUGGGCAGCGGGGACUGUGGCUGCCAUGUCCAGCAUCACCUUUCCAGCAGUCAGUGCCCUCGUCUCUCGGAAUGCAGAGUCGGAUCAGCAAGGAGUUGCCCAGGGGAUCAUAACUGGAAUAAGAGGACUCUGCAAUGGCUUGGGGCCAGCACUGUACGGCUUCAUAUUCUAUAUGUUCCACGUGGAACUGACUGAGUUGGGCCCAGAGUUGAACUCUGACAAUGUUGCCCUGCAGGGAGCUGUCGUCCCGGGCCCACCAUUUUUAUUUGGGGCCUGUAUAGUUCUUACGUCUUUUCUGGUUGCCUUAUUCAUCCCUGAAUACAGUAAAGCCAGUGGAGUUCAAAAACACAGCAACAGCAUCAGCGGCAGCCUGACCAACACCCCAGAACGGGGCAGUGAUGAGGACAUUGAGCCACUGCUGCAAGACAACAGCAUCUGGGAGCUCUCUUCCUUUGAGGAGCCUGGGAAUCAGUGCACUGAGCUGUAAACUCAGCAGAAAGGAGGCUCUGCGGAUACCAUCUCUGAGAGCUGUGGAGAGAGCCACACCACAUGGAGACUUCUUGGUGCUGGGGAGAGAUGCUACUGGUAUCCUUCAGGGCCAAGUUUGAUAAUUGACCCCCUCCAUCCCUCUGCCCA